UGAGUCACUUCCAGGGGCGGACUGACCAUUCGAGCACUCGGGCACUGGCCGAGGGCCUGGGGUCAGUAGGGGGCCCCAUGAGAUGCCCCUGGUACCUUUUCAUUGGCUUUUUCAUAGGCUUUUUUGGGUGUGGGCAGAGACACAGGGGUCCCAUGAUCCCCUACUGCCCGGGGGGCCCCAUGAGUUGUCAGUCCGCCCCUGGUCACUUCCCAUUUUUGUGCUGAUGGCACUGCUGAACAUCUUUCUUCGAAGGGAAGUAAGCAUAAAGGGGUUUAUUUACUAC